AUGAGUGCAGAGGAGAGGGGAGGAGAGGAAAGGAGAGGAAAGGAGAGGUAAGGAGAGGAGAGCGGAGGAGAGGGUAGGAGAGGUAAGGAGAGGAGAGCGGAGGAGAGGGUAGGAGAGGUAAGGAGAGGAGAGCGGAGGAGAGGGUAGGAGAGGUAAGGAGAGGAGAGUGGAGGAGAGGGUAGGAGAGGUAAGGAGAGGAGAGCGGAGGAGAGGGUAGGAGAGGAAAGGAGAGGAAAGGAGAGGAGAGCGAGAGGAGAGGAGAGUAGUGGGAGGUCAGACAAGAAGGAAGGACUUCCUUCUCCUGCAUGGCUAAAUAGUCCAUGUUGUCCAUUGCUUAAUAAUACAUAGUGCUUUGCUAAAACCCAAAGACACUUAUAGAACAGGAGCCUUCAUUGAAUCUGAUAUAGACCACUUUUUAGGCAUUUAUCCCAUGCAUUUGAGAACCUUCAUGUGUUUGUAAUCCACUGCAUAAUAGCAUCUAAAAUCAGACUGUUUACAUGAAAAUGGGUUUUAUAAUGUAUUGAUAAAUGCCAUACAAACAGACACACAGUGGCACACACACACAGACACACACACACACACACACAUUUAUUGCAAGUGACUUCUUUUUUUUUUGCUUUCAGAACCAUUUAGAAAGUUUGGACAAGCGGUUAAACACGUUUUUGUACUGCGUGUUUGGAGCGAGAGGUAUGUACUUGCCAAUGAAGACUGCAAAUAGGGUUGUUGAAAAAAUACAAAUAUGGUUGUUGAAAAAAUACAAAUAUGGUUGUCAAAACUACAAAUAAAUCUGUUCAGACUACAGCGUAGCAUCAGCUGAUGUGUGACUGACAUUACAGAGUCCUUCAAGGCUCACCUCAUGCAGGAGAGUAGAUCCAGGACACUGUAUGUCAACAGACUGGCCCAUCUGAAUACUAGGAAUCUCCACAGCGGUGCCUUAUCACCUUGUUAAGUAACAUUCAACACAUUUUACACUUCAUAGCCUAUUAGGCUUUAUACCUGUAUAAUGAAGGUGUAAUAGCCUAUGUCAUAACUCUGUAAUAGAUUAGUAAAUGCAUACACUUAUGGAAUACUUAUAACUUUUGAUAAAGACGUAAUAUGUAACUACCUAGCUGCACAUAACAGGUCCAAGGUAAGUUAUGAUAGAAGUGUCGCCCUAAGGUUGCGAGGGGAAGUCAUGUUUUAGGGAAUUAGUUUCAUAUUGAUAUAUGGAUGUUUUGCGAACAAACGUUGCGAUUCAUUCCUGUCAUGCACUGUCAUAGCCUCUACUCAUCUCCACAAGAUCCACUGGCCAGAGUCAAAUGAAAGCUGCUAUGGAAUAGAAAUGCCCCCCCGGACAGCGCAAUAGCAGAAAAACAACACCAUUAACUAUGAAAAUGAAAGCAGUGACAGCUUGCAAAGCAGCGUGUUCAUGCCCCAUUAGUUCAUAGACAAGGACAUGGUGACUAGUGUAUAAACACUAUACUCUAUUUACAUUUCAGUUAACAAUUAGUCAACAGUCUUAUUAUCCAUUAUAGAUUUUUCUUGUAUUUAAUGUACACCAUUUAGUUCAUAGACAAGGACAUAGUGACAUUCAAUAAAACUGAUUUGAAUGUGCAUUAUCUGGUACAUACAGUGCAUUCGGAAAGUAUUCAGACCCCUUGACCUUUUCCACAUUUUGUUACUUUACAGCCUUAUUCUAAAAUUGAUUAAAUUGUUUUGUUUUUCUCAUCGAUCUACACACAAUACCGCAUAAUGACAAAGCAAAAAGAGGUUUGUAGACAUUUUUGCAAAUGUAUGAAAAAUUAAAAACAGAAAUAAUACAUUUAACAUAAGUAUUCAGACCCUUUACUCAGUACUUUGUUGAAGCACCUUUGGCAGCAAUUACAGCCUUGAGUUUUCUUGGGUAUGACACUACAAGCUUGGCACACCUGUAUUUGGGGAGUUUCUCCCAUUCUUCUCUGCAGAUACUCUCAAGCUCUGUCAGGUUGGAUGGGGAGCAUUGCUUCACAGCUAUUUUCAGGUCUUUCCAGAGAUGUUCGAUCAGGUUCAAGUCCAGGCUCUGGCUGGGCCACUCAAGGACAUUCAGAGACCUGUCCCGAAGCCACUCUGCGUUGUCUUGGCUGUGUGCUUAGGGUCGUUGUCCUGUUGGAAGGUGAACCUUCGCCCCAGUCUGAGGUCCUGAGCGCUCUGGAGCAGAUUUUCAUCAAGGAUCUCUCUGUACUUUGCUCCAUUCAUUUUUGCCUCAAUCCUGACUAGUCUCCCAGUCCCUGCCGCUGAAAAACAUCCCCACAACAUGAUGCUGCCACCACCAUGCUUCACUGUAGGGAUGGUGCCAGGUUUCCUCCAGAUGUGACUCUUGGCAUUCAGGCCAAAGAGUUCAAUCUUGGUUUCAUCAGACCAGAGAAUCUUGUUUCUCAUGGUCUGAGAGUCUAUAAGUGCCUUUUGGCAAACUCCAAACGGGCUGUCAUGUGCCUUUUACUGAGGAGUGGCUUCCAGCUGGCCACUCUACCGUAAAGGCCUGAUUGGUGGAGUGCUGCAGAGAUGGUUGUCCUUCUGGAAGGUUCUCCCAUCUCCACAGAGGAACUCUAGAGCUCGGUCAGAGUGACCACCUGUUUUUGCUUUGUCAUUAUGGGGUAUUGUAUGUAGACUGCUGAGGAUUUUUAUUUAAUCAAUUUUAGAAUAAGGCUGUAACGUAACAAAAUAUGGAAAAAGUCAAGGGGUCUAAAUACUUUCCGAAGGCACUGUAGAUCAUGUGUAGGACGUUUAUGAUCAUGUAUAAACACUACUCUAUUUACAUUUCAGUUAGUUAACAAUUAGUCAACAGUCUUGCUUUCCUUUAUAGAUUUUUCUUGGAUUUAGUUAUAAACCAUUUAACUAGGCUACUAUAAGGGUAUGUAAUCAUAUAACAAACAUAUUAACAACAGACUAUAUAUGUUUAUAAUCAGUUCAAAUAGAGUGCAAUAUUAGAUAUUAUAAACUGGGUGGGUCGAGCCCUGAAUGCUGAUUGGCUGACAACAAAACAUUUAUUUUUACUGCUCUAAUUACGUUGGUAACCAAUUUAUAAUAGCAAUAAGGCACCUCGGGGGUUUGUGGUAUAUGGCCAAUAUACCAUGGCUAAGGGCUGUAUCCAGGCACUCCACGUUGCAUCGUGCUUAAGAACAGCCCUUAGCCGUGGUAUAUUGGCCGUAUAUUGGCCAUAUACCACACCUCCUCGUGCCUUAUUGCUUAAUUAUUGCCUAUGACAGGUUGAGCAGUCAUGGUUUCAAUGGUGUAAUAAUAAGAUGUGAUUGGAUGAUGAUACCAGCGGUGAACAGUCAUGGUUUCAAUGUUGUAAUAAUAAGAUGUGAUUGGAUGAUGAUACCAGCGGUGAUCGUUCACUGUGUUCUCUUUCCCUUCCUUAGACUCCAGAGUACGAGGAUGGUUUCUGUUGGACUCGUACCUCCCCACCCUCUCCUUCACCAUCGUCUACCUCCUCAUAGUAUACCUGGGACCAAAAUUCAUGAGGAACAGGCCAGCGUACUCACUCAAGGGUGUUUUACUAGUGUACAACUUCUCUGUGACUAUGCUCUCCCUUUACAUGCUGGUUGAGGUAAGUUGUUCUAAGACAAACAGCAUAAAGAGAGAUGUCUGUGGAUGAGUUGGGGCUAUUGAGUGCCUUGAUACCCUGGGUUGUGUUAAUUAGGGAUCAAACGGAAUAAUUACCUAGACUUGUCCAAUAAGAAACACACAUUUUCAUUUUCCAUUGAAAAAUGUUUUGAAACAUUUUCCAUGGCAUGCCCUAAUGAACAAUACCCUGAGAAUGGAUAUCUGGCGGUAGAGUGUGUCUUACUGAGAAACUGUAGGUAUAAAGAGCAUUUCUCUGUCAGACAAGUCAGAAGACAUCUAUAUUAAUAACAUUCUAGUAUUAUGCAGUGGGCAAAAGUGAUGCUGAUGCUUCGAUAAAUUAUUCACUCUGAAAACAAAGAGAUGAUGUCUCAAAGUGAUGUUCCUUCACCCCUCCGAGCGUGUGUGUGGGUGUGUAAAUGUGUGUGUGUGUGUGUAAAUGUGUGACGCGUACUGAGUAUACGAAGAGGCAGUCCAGGGCUAAAUAGGGGUGGUGAUGAGAUGAUGAGGUGCAGGUGCGCUGGAGGUGAUUAGGGUGCGUUGGGUUUCCAUUCCGGUGUUGCCGAGGUGGUGUGCUCAGACUGGUGGCUCAGUAGACCGGCGAAUCAGAGUGCCGGAGGGGAGCAACGGGAGGAGACGUGACAAUUCACAUUUCUCCCCCUUCACCAACAGGCUGUGUUCCCGGAGGCGGAGUAGGACAGCUCGGACGUCCCUGACGUGCUCCUCGAACGUAGCCGAGUAGAUCAGGAUAUUGUUGAUGUACACCACCACCUGUCUACUCAGCAUGUCCCGGAACACAUCAUUGACGAAGGACUGGAACACAGAAGGUGCGUUGGCGAGGCCGUAGGGCAUGACGCAGUAUUCAUAGUGGCCUGUGGUAGUGCUGAAUGCAGUCUUCCACUCGUCUCCUUCCCGGAUUCGGAUCAGGUUUUAGGCACUCCUCAGGUCCAACUUGGUAAAGUACCGUGCGCCUCGUAGUUGCUCGAUGGCCGACGGAACCAGAGGGAGGGGGUACCGGUACUUGGUGGUGACUGCGUUCAGCCACCUGUAGUCAAUGCACGGUCUCAGUCCUCCAUCUUUUUUGGCCACGAAGAAGAAGCCGGCGGAGGCAGGAGAGGUAGAGCGUCUGAUGAACCCCUGUUUCAGGGUCUCUGCCACAUACUUCUCCAUGGCCUCAGUCUCCGCCAUGGAAAGGGGGUAAAUGCAACUCUUCGCGGGGUGUUGUCCCUCCAGCAGGUCAAUGGCGCAGUCCCAGGGCCUGUGAGGAGGGAGACACAUAGCCUUUAAUGAAGAGAAGACAUCGGAGAGAUCUGCGUACUCACGUGGAAUGUUGGGCUGGAGGGCGGACUCUGGACUCUCCACUGACGUGGAACAACAAACCACCGGCAGGCAGGUCUUCCGGCAUGAGGUGGACCAGGCUGUGAUCCUCUUGGUGCUCCAAUUGAUGAUGGGGUUGUGUAGUCUGAGCCAGGGCAAUCCCAAGACGAUCCGGUGAAGGGGUGAUGUGACGAUGUGGAAUGACAGCUCCUCGUGGUGCUCCGGUAGUGUGGGAAUGGUGAUGGUAUUGGGGAGAGUGACGUGCGUAAUGGUGCCUGAUCCAAGGGGUUUAUUGUCCAGUGAGGUGACGUGUAGCGUAGAUGGCAGUGGCACGGUGGGCAACCCCCAUUUAGAGACCAGCUCCCUAUCUAUAAGGUUCCCCGCUGAUCCAGAAUCUAUCAUUGCAGUAGAAAUGGAAGAGAAGGAAUAACCAGUCACCGUUAUGGGAACUAAAAACAAUGGUUUUGAGAUAGGAGCUGACGUAACACUCACGGAGCGGCGACGGGAGUCAUACCGCCUAGAUAGGGAGCCACCAGGAGAUCUGUGGUCCGUGGUGGUGUAGGGGGUGCUGCCCACCUCCAUGGGUGAGGACUCGGAAGCAGGGCGGCUUCCAUAGCUCAGAUGGGGUGAGCGUCGAGGCUCCGGGAGGUGUUGGGAACGCUGUCUCUCUCUCAACAUGUCAUCAAUAUAUGGACGUGGUGAUGAGGGUAUCAAGGUCCAUCUCGUCGUCCCGACAUGCGAGUUCCGUCAUGAUGUCCUCCCGUAAGCCUCUCCUGAAGGCUGUGCACAGAGCACGCUCAUUCCAGCCGGAAGACGCCGCCACCAUGCGGAAGCUCAGAGCGUACUUGGACGCAGGCCCCUCUCUCUGUUGUAGAUGGAGGAGAUGCUCACCCCCGUCAUUUCCCUCCGUGGGAUGAUCAAACACUGCCCUGAACCUAGCGAGGAAGGUGGGGUAGGGAAGUGCCACUGCCUCCUCUCCAUCCCAGACUGCCGUGGCCCAAUCCAGCUCCUUUCCUUUAAGAAGUGAAAUCACCAACGCUAUCCUGGCUUGGUCAGAUGGAUAUGCCCCAGGCUGACGCGCCAGAUAAAGGGAAACCUGUAGCAGGAAGCCGCUACAUUUAGUAGUUUUACUGUCAUAGCGCUCCGGUAGGGCGAGGGUUCCCGCAGGAGUGGGUGAUAGCACGGGAACAGGUGGAUUGGGGGCACUGGCCGCUCCCUGAGGUGGAACCGGAGCGCUGGGCAGAUUAUGCAGAGUUUGGAGCACUUCCUGCAUGGCGGCGUUCAACUGGGCAAGCUGCUGCUGGUGCUGGUCGAGGCACUGGGAAACUCCUGCUGUAUCCAUUUUCGUUUGGUGUGUGAUUCUGUGACGCGUACUGAGUAUACGAAGAGGCAGGACGCAGACGCAGGAAUUAACAAGGUCAAGGUUUACUUAACAAUGAGCAAGAGCAAUAACAAAGAUAGAGUAAACGACACGAAGGUUAACAAUCACAACCAACAUCUUCAAAUAGCCACCCUUUGCCUUGAUGACAGCUUUGUACAAUCUUGGCAUUCUCUCAACCAGCUUCAUGAGGUAGUCACCUGGAAUUCAUUUCAAUUAACAGGUGUGCCUUCUUAAAAGUUAAUUUGUGGAAUUUCUUUCCUUCUGAAUGCGUUUGAGCCAAUCAGUUGUGUUGUGACAAGGUAGGGGGGUAUACAUAAGAUAGCCCUAUUUGGUAAGUCCAUAUUAUGGCAAGAACAGCUCAAAUAAGCAAAGAGAAACGACAGUCCAUCAUUACUUUAAGACAUGAAGGGCAGUCAAUACGGUACAUUUCAAGAACUUUGAACGUUUCUUCAAGUGCAGUCGCAAGAACCAUCAAGCGCUAUGAUGAAACUGGCUCUCAUGAGGACUGCCACAGGAAUGGAAGACCCAGAGUUACCUCUCCUGCAGUGGAUAAGUUAAUUAGAGUUACCAGCCUCAGAAAUUGCAGCCCAAAUAAAUGCUUCACAGAGUUGAAGUAGACACAUCUCAACAUCAACUGUGUGAAUCAGGCCUUCAUGGUCGAAUUGCUGCAAAGAAACCACUACUAAAGGACACCAAUCAGAAGAAGAGACUUGCUUGGGCCAAGAAACACGAGCAAUGGACAUUAGACCGGUGGAAAUGUGUCCUUUGGUCUGGAGUCCAAAUUUGAGAUUUUUGGUUCCAACCGCCGUGUCUUUGUGAGACGCGGUGUGGGUGAACGGAUGAUCUCCGCAUGUGUAUUUCCCACCAUAAAGCAUGGAAGAGGAGGUGUUAUGGUGUGGGGGUGCUUUGCUGGUGACACUGUCUGUGAUUUAUUUAGAAUUCAAGGCACACUUAACCAGCAUGGCUACCAUAGCAUUCUGUGGUGAUACGUCAUCCCAUCUGGUUUGGGCAUAGUGGGACUAUCAUUUGUUUUUCAACAGGACAAUGACCCAACACACCUCCAGGCUGUGUAAGGGCUAUUUUACCAAGAAGGAGAGUGAUGGAGUGCUGCAUCAAAUGACCUGGCCUCCACAAUGCCCCGACCUCAAUGCAAUUGAGAUGGUUUGGGAUGAGUCGGACCGCAGAGUGAAGGAAAAGCAGCCAACAAGUGCUCAGCAUAUGUGGGAACUCCUUCAAGACGGUUGGAAAAGCAUUCUGUAUUAAUGGCACCUGUUUGAACUUGUUAUCAGUAUAAAAGACACCUGUCCACAACCUCAAACAGUCACACUCCAAACUCCACUAUGGCCAAGACUCAAAUCCUGCAGUGCCAGACGUGUCCCCCUGCUUAAGCAAGUACAUGUCCAGGCCCGUCUGAAGUUUGCUAGAGUGCAUUUGGAUGAUCCAGAAGAGGAUCGGGAGAAUGUCAUAUGGUCAGAUGAAACCAAAAUAGAACUUUUUGGUAAAAACUCAACUCGUCGUGUUUGGAGGACAAAGAAUGCUGAGUUGCAUCCAAAGAACACCAUACCUACUGUGAAGCAUGGGGGUGGAAACAUCAUGCUUUGGGGCUGUUUUUCUGCAAAGGGACCAGGACGACUGAUCCGUGUAAAGGAAAGAAUGAAUGGGGCGGCAGGUAGCUUAGUGGUUAAGAGCGUUGUGCCAGUAACCGAAAGGUCGCUGGUUCUAAUCCCCGAGCCGACUAGGUGAAAAAUCUGUUGAUGUGCCCUUGAGUAAGGCACUUAACCCUAAUUGCUCAUGUAAGUCGCUCUGGAUAAGAGCGUCUGCUAAAUGACUAAAAUGUAAUGUAAAUGAAUGGGGCCAUGUAUCGUGAGAUUUUGAGUGAAAACCUCCUUCCAUCAGCAAGGGCAUUGAAGAUGAAACGUGGCUGGGUCUUUCAGCAUGACAAUGAUCCCAAACACACCGCCCGGGCAAUGAAGGAGUGGCUUCGUAAGAAGCAUUUCAAGGUCCUGGAGUGGCCUAGCCAGUCUCCAGAUCUCAACCCCAUAGAAAAUCUUUAUAGGGAGUUGAAGGUCCAUGUUGCCCAGCGACAGCCCCAAAACAUCACUGCUCUAGAGGAGAUCUGCAUGGAGGAAUGGGCCAAAAUACCAGAAACAGUGUGUGAAAACCUUGUGAAGACUUACAGAAAACGUUUGACCUGUGUCAUUGCCAACAAAGGGUAUAUAACAAAGUAUUGAGAAACUUUUGUUAUUGACCAAAUACUUUUUUUUUUUCCUAAUUUUGUCUGUCAUAUUUGACGUGUACCUAUGAUGAAAAUUACAGGCCUCUCUCAUCUUUUUAAGUGGGAGAACUUGCACAAUUGGUGGCUGACUAAAUAUUUUUUUCCCCCACUGUAGGUGUGCCCAAACUUUUGACUGGUAGUGUAUAUAUAUAUUUACAGUAUUCUAAUUCUAUAGUAGAGGUCAUGUUACACUUUUGUCUUCCGGGAAGGGAGAAAGGGAGGGAAGGAGAAAGGAAGAGAAGGAUGGAGGGAUGGAGAAAGAUAAGAGAAGGAUGGAGUGAUGGAGAAAGAUAAAAGGGAUGGGGAGGAACGCUUGGUACUAUCUCACUUUCAGCUCCCUUCCCUUCCCACUCUCGCCCCCCCAGCUUUCUCCCUCCCUCUCUCGCCCCCCCAGCUUUCUCCCUCCCUCUCUCGCCCCCGUAGCUUUCUCACCCCUUCCUCGCUCCACCCAGCUUUACCCUCCCUCUCUCACCCCUCCCGUAGCUUUCUCCUCCUCUCUCGCCCCCGUAGCUUCUCCCUCCCUCUCUCGCCCCCAGCUUUCUCCUCCCUCUGCCGCACCACCCAGCUUUUCCCUCCCUCUCUCGCCCCUCCCUAGCUUUCUCCCUCCUCUCAUCGCCGCCAGCUUCUCCCUCCCUCUCUCACACCUCCCGUAGCUUUCUCCCUCCUCUCUCGCCCCGUAGCUUUCUCCCCCCUCUCGUCGCCCCCAGCUUUCCCUCCUCUCUGCUCCCCCCACUUUCUCCCUCCUUCUCGCCCCUCCCUAGCUUUCUCCUCCCUCCUUCUUGCCCCUCCCCUUAGGCUUUCUCCCCUCCCUCUAUCACCCCUCCCUUAGCUUUCUCCCUCCUCUCUCUCCCCACUCACUUAGCUUUCUCCCUCCUCUCUCAUCCCCCUACCCUAGCCUUUCUCCCUCCCUUCUUCGCCCCUCCCCUAGCUUUCUCCCUCCCUCUCUCGCCCCCCCUAGCUUUUCUCCUCCCUCUCUCGCCCACCCUAGCUUUCUCCCUCCCUCUCUCGCCCCUCCCGUAGCUUUCUCCCUCCCUCUCUCACCCCUCCCCUAGCUUUCUCCCUCCCUCUCUCGCCCCUCCCGUAGCUUUCUCCCUCCCUCUCUCUGUCUCCCGCCCCACCAUCUCUUUAGCUCCUUCUUUCUCUCACUCCUCUCUCUGUCUCCCUCUCUCACUGUGACCUCUGGGCAUGGGCCCGUCUGCGGUCUCAUAUGACAUGUUGUGCAGUGGGCCAGAGGCCAGAUCAGCUCUGAUUCCAGGCUAGGUGAAGGACCAUACAGACAGACUACUUUCACUGGAAACCCUUCCAGGCAGGCUGCCACUCUUACACAACACAGAUUUUGACUUUUAUAUUGACAGAAAGAUGAUAAUGCUAUGCAAUAAUAGAAAUCCAAAUUAAGAUCCUAUGUAUUAUGUAUAUCUUUUUGAUAGUGUGAAAUAAAGUUUGAGGUGUUUAUUUUGUAGCUCCCGGGCCUCGGCAUCUUUCCUAUGGAUGAGCCCAGUUGAAAAGGCCUUAAGAGGAGCUUGUACUGCAUUACAUGCUUCUAACAUAGCCUCCAGCUUAAACUGUUGGUGUGCACCACUUUUUCAUUUGACUUAAUGUAUAUUCUGUAUGUUUCACUGCACAUAACCCUCAGUUAUCUGAGAUCACACUCUUAUAGCCCUAUGAAAUAUUCAGUUUAUAAACCAGUUGUCCUAAAGACGUACUGCAUAAGGAUCAGUUUCCCGGACACAGAUUAAGCCUCGUCCUAGACUGAAAAGUGUGCUCAAUUGCGAAUCUCCGUUGUGUGGGGCAGGGUGGUGUGUGUGUGUGUGUGUGUGUGUAUGGGGAAGGGGGUGGGUGGUGCUGGUGUGUGGGGUGGGGGGUGGGGUGUGGGGGUGUGUGUGUGUGUGUGCGUGUGGUGUGUGUGGUGGGUGUGGUGUGUGUGUGUGCUGUGGGGCAGGGUGGUGUGUGGUGUGCUGUUGUGUGUGUGGUGUGUGUGUGUGGGGGGGGCAAGGGGGGGUGUGUGUGUGUGUGGUGGGUGUCGUGUGUGUGUGUGUGUGUGUGUGGUGUGUGUGGGGCAGGGUGGUGUGGUGUGUGUGUGUGUGUGUGUGUGGGGCAGGGUGGUGUGUGUGGGUGUGUGUGUGUGUGUGUGGGGCAGGGGGUGUGUGUGUGUGUGUGUUGGUGUGGGUGUUGUGGGGCAGGGGUGGUGGUGUUGUGUGUGUUGUGGGUGUGUGUGUGUGUGUGGUGUGUGGGGCAGGGUGAUGUGUUUGUGUUACAGGGAAAUGGUGCACAACUGUGUGUAUGUGUGUGUUUGGUGAGAGACACUGUGACGUUGACGGUGGUGUUUUGGUUGCAGCUCAUCUGUGCAUCGUGGUCGGGAGGCUACCGGCUGCAGUGUCAGGGACUCCAUGAAGCAGGGGAAGCUGAUGUCAGGGUUAGUGACACGAUGGCCGUGUGUGUGUGUGUGUGCUGACUCACUCCCUAAUCCUUUACACCAUCCGCCUUUCUUCUCUCAGUAACACUUCUGUGGAGCUCUACUGUCUACUCCAUGACUGGCCUAUGAAACCACUGAAAUAGAAAUGUAGAAAUAUAUAAUAUAAUAUAAUAUGCCAUUUAGCAGACGCUUUUAUCCAAAGCGACUUACAGUCAUGCGUGCAUACAUUUUUGUGCAUGGGUGGUCCCGGGGAUUGAACCCACUACCUUGGCGUUACAAGCGCCGUGCUCUACCAGCUGAGCUACAGAGGUUAGCUAAUAGCUAACACACACCCACUCAUCACAUUUUUAAGCAAGGAACCAUGUAGUGUUGACUGUUGUUCCCUUACUACUUAUUAUAAACCAUAUACAUUCUUAAAAAAUGGGUUCCGAAAGGGUUCUUCAGCUGUCCCCGUAGGAUAACCCUUUUCACAGAGGGUUCUACAUGGAACCCAACAGGUUUCUACCUGGAACCAAAAAGGGUUCUCCUAUGGGGACAGCCGUAUAACCCUUUUAGGUUCUAGAUAGCACCUUUUUUUCAGAGUGUAGUUAAGAAAUGCAAUAUGUCGUAUGCAAUAUGUCGUCUGCACUCACAUAUAAAGCAUCUUAUAUACGAGUUGAAUAUGAGUUGAAACUAUGGAGCUGGUAUAAACCAGUUCUCCAUGACUCAAGUAAAUUAUGCUAAAGCCCUUGCUGUUUAGCCUCGUACAACCAGCCUGAUCUUGCGAGCUUACAUAAAUGAUUCGCUACACGGAUACAGUAUAGCGAAUCAUUUAUGUAAGCUCGCGAUAUCAGGUUUAGAGAUUCUAGAGUGGCUUCUGACACAGCGUUUUCCACCACCAUCAACAAAACACCAAAUGAUGGAAUUUGUCGUGGAAGAAUGUGUUGCAUCCCUCCAAUAGAGUUCCAAACACUUGUAGAAUCUAUUCCAUGGUUCCCCAACUGGCGGCCCGCAGUCCGAAUUUGGCCUGCGGGUGGUUUUAUUUGGCCCCCCAAGUUUUCUGAGCUACAAAAAUAGUAUAUAGAUAUAUUUAUAUAUUUCUUUUACAUUUUCAUUGUUGGACAUAAAAGACUGUAAAAACAGCAGGGAAUCAGCUCCAAUUGAUUAAAUAUUGUAUAAAUAUGUUCCCAAGUAUUCCCAUGCAUAAUAGAGAGACAGAUCGUAUACAAAUGUAAGCAAGGUUUGAAAUGAUUAUGUUUUAGUCAAAUAUUAUAUCUGUUAGGGAUUCUUGAGGUCAAUUUGCAGUCUACAAUUGAUCUGUAAUUAUGUUCUGGACGCCCUACCAGCCACUCAAAAAAAUAAAAUCGACCCGCGGCUGAAUCUAUAUAGUUGAUGAUCCCUGAUCUAUGCCAAGGCGCAUUGAAGCUGUUCUGCCGGCUCGUGGUGGACCAACGCUCUAUUAAGACACUAUGAUGGUGUUCCCUUUAGUUUGGCAGUUACCUGUACAUACUCAUGCUGCUACUGUACCUCCUCCAACUUCAAAGGGAAUGAGUUGUAUGAUAUGAUUGUCAGCUAGUGUGUACGAAUGGCUUCAGCAUGACCCCGCCCCAUCCCAUGGCUGCCCCCGCAUCCCCCCGUCAUCUGCACCUCUCUCUCCCCCUAGUUUGAAAACAUUGUAUCUGAAUGUGAUAACAUAAAGCAACAUACACAAGAAUACAGCGGUGUAAUUUAUGACAAAGAAAUGGACACACAAUACAAGAAUGUAACGUUAGAGAUCAUGGCAAAAGUUAAUUAAAAUGUAAUUAACUGUAAAUUAAAUAAUAAGUUAUGAAUGUUUAUUGCUCCGCUAAAACAUUGAAAUUAGAUUAUGGUCAAAUGUUUUGUAUAUAACCACAUUCUUAAGUACUUCUGUAAGUAACAGGGUCAAAGUGACAGAUACAUGAAAGGAAAGUUGAUCCAGUACUGGCCAUGUGACUGCACUGUCACCUAUAGGCUCUUCUAUACACUCUCCACAGGUAGCCAAGGUGCUGUGGUGGUACUACCUCUCCAAGCUGAUUGAGUUCCUUGACACCAUGUUCUUUGUGCUGCGGAAGAAAAACAGCCAGAUCACCUUCCUGCACGUGUAUCACCACGCCUCCAUGUUCAACAUCUGGUGGAGUGUUCUCAACUGGAUCCCCUGUGGACAGAGUAGGUCUCAACCACUUUCGCCAACAUCACUGUUAGAAGAAUGGAUCCUUCGAAGGACUCAACUGAUCCAAGAGUGAAUAAGAAUGGGGCUGGCUGUGUGCUCGGUUUAGAAAUAUAGGCUGCGUUUACAUAGGCUGCCCAAUUCUGAGAUUUUUUUCACUAUUUAGUCUUUUGACCAAUCAGAUCAGCUCUGAAAAAGAUCUGAUGUGAAAAAAUUUGAUGUGAUUGGUCAAAAGACCAGUUAGUGGAAAAAAGAUCUGAAUUGGGCUACCUGUCUAAACGCAGCCUUAGAGGUUAAUGUAAGGGUCAGAUUAAAGCUGGGGUUGAUGUUCUUCUUGAGGAUGUGUUCUAAUGCCUACUCUUCAAUGUUGGAGCCCAACUGGGAUAGUUCUGAUUCUGCCGCAGGUUGGCAUUUAUUGGGAUGACUCAUGUACUGAGCCACAAAGUCAUAAAAUCUGAUUUUAAACCUUAACCACACUGCUGUGGUUAACCCAAACCUUAAAUUAAGACCAAAAAGCAUAUUUUUGUUUUCAUGAAUUGUUAUGCUAUGUAGCCAAGUUAAAUAGCCCAAACAACCUGAUCAUGUCCCUGCUUCAAGCAAUUUGCAAAUGAUGGUUUAUUCCUUUUUUUCGCUGUAAUUUUCUUGCCUUUGUGACAGUGACAGACCAAACUGAGGAACUUCAAUGAAAGGGUUGGUCAAAUAUGCCAAUCAGUAAUUUCUCCAUUAUAUUCUUUUAAGGUUUCUUUGGGCCAACACUGAACAGUUUCAUCCACGUGUGUAUGUACUCCUAUUACGGCCUGUCCACAAUACCCUCCAUGCAUAAAUACCUCUGGUGGAAGCGCUACCUGACUCAGGCUCAGCUGGUGAGUACACUGGUCGCGCUAGUUCACUUUUGUGUCUGAACGAUAAUGACAACCCUCUUUCGGCAUCCAUGUGGAAGUAAAAAAAAACAAGCAGCACAACCCAAAUUGGCAGUGAAUAGGCAGGAUGUGAGAACCCCUUAACUCUCAUAAAGGGAACUACCCUUCUAGUCUCUAGUUUAAGAACCCCUGUUCUAGACUAAGAGAAAUGCGCUUUAGUGUCUUCAUUAACCAACAACAUGGGAUGAUAAGAUCCAAGCAUGUUAGAGGAAUGAUAAGACUCUUUGCUCUCCCUCUGCCUCAGGUCCAGUUUCUACUGUCCAUCAUACACACCCUGGGUGCAGUCAUCAUCCCCUGUGGUUUUCCCGUCAGCUGCCUGCUCUUCCAGGUCUCUUACAUGGCCACCCUAGUCAUCCUCUUUGUCAACUUCUACAUUCAGGUACAGUAAUGACUGGGGCCAACUUCACAUGACUAUUGGAUUGAAAUGGGGUUAUGUUCAUUACAAGAAAAAUGCUUUAAAAUGUUUUGCAACAGAAAAUGUGUUAUGGAAAAGUCCAGGUAGUCCCUCCCUGGUUCAGUCCAUUUGGUGCCUAACAACCAGGACCAUGGUCUUUGUUACAUUAGGGCUUAAUUUUAAAGGCAUGUCUGAAUGUUUGUUGGUUUUUCAAUGGUUCGAAGUUGACUUAAGUCCAAAUGCUUUGAUCCCAGACCUACAGAAAAAGACAGCCCAGCGAAGACGAGAAGCUUUCUUUUGAGCAGAGCCACAUCAAGUCCAGUCAUCCAAAUGGCCACUCCGCCUUCACCAAUGGCACCAGCCUCAAGAAGAGGCAGUAG